AUGAACGAGUUUACCAUCUCGCUGGUCAGCGGCGGGGCUGCGGGAACAGCCACCGACCUGGCGUUUUUCCCGAUCGACACCAUCAAGACGCGCGUCCAGGCGCACGGCGGGUUCCUCAAGAACGGCGGGUUUCGGGGCCUUUAUCGGGGGCUCGGGUCGGCCGUCGUGGCCUCUGCUCCUUCUGCGUCGCUGUUUUUCGUCACCUACGACGCUCUUAAACGCAGCCUCAUAAACAACGGCACUCCGGCCGCCGUGUCACACAUGGCCGCCGCAUCGUGCGGAGAAGUCGCCGCCUGCAUGGUGAGAGUCCCCGCCGAGGUGAUCAAACAGCGGACCCAGUCGAUGCAGUUCCGCACCUCUGCACAGGCACUGCGCCACAUCCUCGGGAACGUUUCUGGCGAGGGUGUCCUCAACGGCCUCUACCGCGGGUGGAGCACCACGAUCAUGCGCGAGAUCCCGUUCACAAUCAUCCAGUUCCCGCUAUACGAGUACCUCAAGACGCUGUGGGGCGCAGACGGUGCGCUCUCGCCGGCCAGGGGAGCCGUGUGCGGGUCUGUGGCUGGGGGCGUGGCUGCGGCAGCAACCACGCCGCUCGACCUGCUCAAGACACGGCUCAUGCUGAGCCACGGCAAGGUGGGUGUGUGGAAGCUGGCGCGGCAAAUUGCCCGCGAUGAGGGCUACACGGCCUUUCUCCGCGGUAUCGGCCCGCGAACCAUGUGGAUCAGCGCCGGGGGUGCCAUUUUCCUCGGGGUUUACGAAAACGUGCGGGCCCUCCUAGACAAGAACCUAUAG